CCUUGUUUCUUUGAGAUUUCCUAGUCUUAUUAAAAAAAAUAAAAAUACCAAAACCUUUCGUAUAAGUAACGAUAAGUACGAAAUUAGGUACGCAAAGUCUUUAGAGUUGAGUUUUCUGGUAGAUACAGAGGAUCGAAAACAUCACAACAUCCAAAAGAUGAACGGAAGAGAUGCUUCUUCGAUUCCCAACGUUGACUUACCAUCUACAACGGCGGGAUCACGAGUUGCAGCAUCGUUGCCAUGCCGACGGAAAAGUCUAGUUAACGGUGGACAGGGAGAUGUUUUCUACGGCGAAGAUGACGUGGCAGAUUUGAUGUUUAGAGAAGAAGAAGUGGAACAAGACUCGGUGAUGAGAGCUUACAGAAGUGACGAAGCCAUGAGAUCUAUUCAAGAUACGCGAAGACGAGAAAGAAGAAGCUUCUUUUGCUUUGAAUGUUUCGACUUUCUCAUACUUGUUUUCUCUAGAAAUAGGAACUAAUUAAUCGUAACAUACAUACAUCUUGUAAAUUCUUUACUAGUCUUUUCUUGUUAGCUUUUUAGUUUAUCCAAAAUUUAGUUAAAAACCAAAAAAAAAAUCUCUGAAAUGAAAUGUUUUUCAGGAAAAAAAAAAUUCUUUGAAAUGUAUUUGAUGAUUUGAUGCUGUGAACGACAAGAGUUUUUAUUACUAUUUUUAAAUCAAAGUUUGGUUAAACGAUGAUUAAAGUGCAAGUAUGUUUUGUAGAUGUU